AUGGCCAAACAACCAAAACUUCGACUCUCUCUUCUUUCCUUCCAAUUUUGUCGUCCUACAAAAUCUUCUAUAUCACCUAAGGGUCCUUUGCCUAUUUCUGCAUACAAGUUCUCCUCCCCUGUUAAUUCUAGACCAUUCGACAUUUCCUACCCCGAUUUUCCAAGCCCUCCACCAUCAACUCCGAAUCAAUCUUUCCACAAAAACCAUGUCUCAUCAAGAAUUUCCUCACUUGGUAGUGGAUCAUGCACAAUGGAUGUGACAUCCAAUUGCAAAGACGAAACUUCAUCCCCUGUGUAUUGCAAGAUGAAAAGAGGUGACAAGCCUAAUAAAAAAAUUCAUAACUCUACAGUCUCCAGAGUCGAAAGGGAGGGGAAAAAAGACAAAAUCGCAACAAAUAAAUCGAAAGCCAGUGUUAGCACGAGCACUUCAUUAGAAGAUAGUGAUAAGACUAAAAGCAUACUUUCAUCUUCUCCAAGGUCUGAUUUACCAUAUGACUCGAAUUAUCCCUUGAAGACAGAAAGAGAGGGGCCCCUCAAUGAAAACAAGAAAAUGAAGCAGAAAAGUAUUAAGUCACAAAGAUUCAAACAUUGCAAUUCAAAUGAUGGGAAAGAUGGCAAUAGGGCUGUGCCAGAAAGUGAGUCUCGGGUGAAGAAAUCAGUUUGCAUGGUGGACGGGAAAGUGAAAGAGAGUUUUGUCGUAGAGAAGAGGUCUACAGACCCUUACGAGGAUUUCAAAGAGUCAAUGUUAGAAAUGAUAAUGGAAAAACAAAUGUUUGAUGCCAACGAAUUGGAGCAGCUCGUGCUGUGUUUUCUGUCUCUCAAUUCAUGCCAGUAUCAUUCAGUCAUUCUAAAGGCUUUUGUAGAGAUUUGGGAGGAACUGUUUAGUGGAUCUACAAACUAG